AUGGAAUUAGAAAAGAACAGUCACGUUAAAAGCAAAAGGAGGUCCUUCAAACGGACCUCGUGUCUUUUUUCUUCUUCUGAGGAAGCUGAGCACAUUCUCGUCAGAGACACAGUGGCAGGAGUUAACCACUCUGGUUUUGGCCAGGCAAGUUCUGCCAAUGUUUCAGAGUUAAAGUCGUCAGAGGAAAGCUUACCUUAUUUAAGUUCGUCUUUAGAUGCAGAUAUUGAAAUGUAUAAUAAAAAGAGAAUGCAAAUUUGCUGUGCACAAGUAGGUGAAAGCAAGAAAGAAGCUGAUACAUUGGGAAGGGCAUGUGACAAUACGCACUUCAAUUGCAAGGGGUGUGAUGACUGCAGACAAAGCUAUUUAGUUGAAGAUACACAGCUGGAGUAUCUCAGUGCUCAUGAGCAAGAUUCUGAUGAUGGGAAUAGCUCAAGCGAGCUUUCUGAGCAAAGGGAAACUAUAGGAAUCGAAACCCUAAAGCUGACAGAUGUAGUUCAUGAAGUUCCAGAGGGUGGAGUUGCAAAGGAACAAAAUCUCAUUGACAUGUCAGAAGAUAGUUCUCCUGCUUCUAAGCAUGGCGUAGGUGACCAGACCUGCCCAGAAGCAGCUAUGCCAGAGGAUCCCCACGUGCUUCAGGACUCUCUGUCUCUGCCAGAUUGCAAUGGCAUGACUUGUGAUCAUCAGGAAGAGCAAACAGAGUAUCACAGUGUUGUUUGUGGAAGUAUACUUGAAAGCUGUGCUUGUGGGAGUAAAGAAAGGGUCUGUCCAAAUCUGCUUGUAUGUGACAGUUCAGAAGAUGGCGAGGUGAAAGACAUCCCACUGAUUGAUGGCACGCUGUCACCCCAAACAGCUACAAGUGAAAAAGGGUCUGAAAAGAAUGACACACACAUUCACAGCAUCUCAGUGAAACAAGACAAUCCUUUACUGGCACCAUGGGAAAGGACCCCUGCAGUAGCCACGCAAUUUUGCAGAUGUGCAAGGGACUCUCAUUUCUGCAGUUGUGAAGAGUCUGGUGUGUGCGCACAUGGUGCCAGCUGCACUGACUGCACUGCAAAGCAUGCUGAAACCCAAUUUCCAGUCUCUGCACUUCUCACUAGUGAGAAUCCCUUUUUGGAGGUGGAAGUUGCAGAUAAAUCCCCCUGUGGAAAUACCAGCUGUGUGAGCUCGGAGUUGGGGCGUCGUGAAAAUUUGAAAACCGUUACCAGCAACUCUACGGUUAACCAGGCUGUCGAUGCAAGUUCUGAUUUUAGAGCUUGCUUUACAACAAGCAGAAGCACCAGUGCUCAGGUUUGUCUCUCGUCCAGGGCUAUUAAUACAGAGAUAAUGAUGAUGAACAAAUCUCGACCUGUGGGAUGGCGUCAUGAAACUUGUGCAGACGUUGCUUGUAAUACAGACUGGUCAUGUGGAGCCAGUAGUACAGAGGAAAUUCAGUCACAGUCUGUUGACACACUGGAAGAGCACUUGGGUGGCAGUACUGCAACAGCUGAAAGAAGUUCACAAAUUCAGGAACAGUGGGAAACAAAAAAUGAGCUCUGUAGCAGCGAUUUAAAGAUAAGCACUGACAGGCUAGUGCACCUUGACAAACAAGCUGUGAAGAAUUCUGUAUUAAGCUACUGUCAGAAAAUACUGCAGAGAGCGAUUGAAGCAGAAUUGCAGAUCCUAAACACUCAUUAUCAGAUGUGCUAUCAGCAUUGCUUGAAGAUUUACAGACUAGCUUUGGAGGAAAACACAUGUUUUAGCAGGUGUAAUGGAAAUACUGGAUUAGGUUCAUCUCUCAUGUUGGUUUUGGAAGAGCUAAAAAAGAAUUACUACCAUAUGAGAAUGAAAAUAAAAACGGGCAUACCUUUAAAUGCACUUCCACCGCUAUCAGUUGAGAUUAAGUUGUUCCCAAUCUCCUCCUCUUAUGUACCGUGCAAGCUGUUCACAGAGGAUCUUUGUUAUGAUUCUGUUUCAGGCACGAGAAAAGCUGACUUUGAAGCACCAAAACUACAAGAAAAAAGGAAAAUUUCUGUCAAUGUGGACGAUCCACAGACUGUGUGUUUAGCUGAUGGUGGUCAGCCAAGAGACUCUACUUCCUCCAAGACAUCUGAAGAACAAAAUAAAGAUCAGGAUGUGGAAUGUGGUUGUGUGAAAAAUGAAGAAGGGAAUGAAUCUUGGUUUGAUGCUAAAGAGGACUUGACAGUAGCAGAUUUUCCAGUAAUACCUGAAGAAAUCAAAAAGCAACAAGAAAAACAAGAUGCGGUUGAUUUAAGAGGUUUGUUAUUGGAAGCAAAGAUAGUGGAGAGUGGAAAUGCAUGUUCUUUUGUUCGUGUUGGUGGCCUAAGUUCAUCAGUGUCAGAGGGUGAUUUACAAUCACAUUUCCAGAAGUAUCAGAUUUCUGAGACACUUAUCUCUGUGGAUUGUGGUAACGACAGAUAUGCAUUUCUUUGCUUUAAAGACACUAACAAAGCAAAGUUAGCUGUAAAGGAAAUGAACCAGAAAAAAAUAAAAGGAAAAGGAGUGAGCGUUAAACUUAUGAACACUUCAUCAGAGAACAACUCUUUGGUUUCCCAAAUACUUACAAAUAUGCUUUGGCGUGAAAUCCAAUCUGUUGAUAACAGGCAAAGAAAUGAUCAAGAUGAAGCAUUCACUUCAGCCUCCAGUUCUGUGAAAGCACCGGACACCACCUCUGCUUCUGAGAAAAUGCAUCUCCUUCCCAUAACUUCUUCAAAAAUUUCUUGCUCUGUGAAAGUACCUUCAGAAACAAAGUGCCCUGGUCUGGAAUAUUCUGCUGAAGAUUCGGUACGUUUUUUGUUUCAAGUAAAUCAAAAGGAUAGUGGAGAAAAUAAUCUGCAGAAAACAUCUGCUCCUUUCGCCACUCAUUCGUAUGAUGCCUUUAUUUCUCCUAAUACGUUGAACUUGAGCAGCUUUACCAAAUUAAUGAAGAAACUUCAAGAAAUUCAUCCAGAGGCUAGCAGAGACAAAAUUGUGGAUGCUCUGCUGGAGGUGAGGAAAAACAACAAAGGUAUCCUAAGUGGCUUGUCCAUCAGUUCUAUUGUGGAAAGGACGUCUGUCAUUUUAAGGAAAUCGGCACCCAGUUGUGGUGAGAGCAUCAUGGUGCAUAUUCUGGACAAAGGUGACACCUAA